AUGAAGAACCAAACAGAAACAGAAACAGAGUGGUCUCGUUACCGACUCGACCGCGACCGACACAUCAAAUACUGGAAACGAUGCGCGCAACUACUUCCAGAACCCUACACAUCAGGCGACUCCAACCGGAUGAGUUUUGGGUUUUUCAUCGUCGCGGCACUGGACCUCCUAGGCGCACUUGAAAACGAGACUGUCGUCAGUACGGACGAGAGACAAGGCUGGAUCGAAUGGAUUUAUGGCUGUCAAGUACCGCAUACAGGCGGAUUCCGAGGGUUCACGGGCACUGUCUUUGGUGCGAUGAGAACGCCCCAGAAUUGGCAUUGGAAUCCGGCGAAUUUGCCAAAUACAUAUUUCGCGCUCGCGACGCUGGUGAUUCUGGGUGAUGAUUUGAGCAGAGUCAAAGUCGACGAGUGUAGGAAUUGGGUGAGGGGGUUGCAGAGGCCGAAUGGGAGUUUUGGCGAGUUUGUCGGUGAGGAGGGUGAGGUGUUGGGAGGGGAUGAUCCGAGAUUAUGUCUUUGUGCGGUGGGCACGUUGAGGAUUUUGCAGCUGGUUAGAAGGAGACGGAAAGAAGAGGACGGAGAUGAACGAAAAGAGGAGAAGGAGGGCCUUGUUGGGAUUGAUGAGGAAGGGUUACGGAGGUUUAUUGGGAAUUGUCAGAGCCAUGAGGGAGGGAUUGGCCAGGCGCCUUUGCUGGAAGCCCACUCCGGUCUGAACUAUUGUGGAAUUGCCACACUUUCGUUCCUGGGCAUGAUGCAAAACCCGCCGGCGUCGAUACAAGAAAUGGCCAGCCAGGCUGGACUGGAUAUUGAAAGCUGUGUGCGUUGGAUGCUUGAUCGACAGACGACAUGGAUUGAUGACGAUGAUGAAGACGAAGACGAAGACGAUGAAGAGGAUAAUGUCGAGGAUGACGAUCAAGACCAAAAGGGAGACGAGGACGACAAAGAAAAACGACACAAUGGGCAAGCUGAUGGUCGACGGCCAGACGAGCGAAUAUUGGACCUGUCGUCGCUGAAACCCGGCCUUACGGACAACAACAAUCAAGAGCUCACUGCUGGAUUUUGUGGCAGAUGCGGGAAAAUGGCGGACACAUGUUAUUGUUUCUGGAAUGUUGGAGCACUGGCGAUCCUUCAACAACAUCAACUGGUCAAUGUGGAUGCCCUGAGAAGGUAUCUUCUGGGCCAUGUUGCGCAUCUCGUGGGAGGAUUUGGCAAAGCUCCUGGUGAGCUCCCAGAUCUCCUACAUUCGUACCUCGGCCUUGCAACACUGGCUCUAUAUGAUGAAUCAGGGCUGAAGGAGUUCGAUCCCACUUUCUGCUUCAGCAAGGACGCUGUUGAGAAGCUGAAGCGACACUGA